AUGGCAGAGGAAACACCAAGAUUUUGUAGAUAUGCUGUUGUUACUGGAGCAAACAGAGGAAUUGGGUUAGAGAUCUGCAGGCAAUUAGUGAGCAAAGGGGUUAAGGUUGUUUUGACUUCUAGAGAUGAGAAAAGAGGACUUGAAGCCGUUGAGACACUGAAGAAAGAGAUUGGAGUUUCUGACCAAAGCCUUGUCUUUCAUCAGCUUGAUGUCUCUGAUCCUACUAGCAUCACAUCUCUUGCUGAGUUUGUGAAAACCCAAUUCGGGAAACUAGAUAUCUUGCUAUCUGAUUCUCCAAGAAUCGUCAAUGUAUCGUCCUCCAUGGGUAAACUUAAGAAUGUGCUAAACGACUGGGCAAAGGGAAUCCUGAGCGACGCAGAGAAGCUCACGGAGGAGAGAAUCGACGAAGUGAUCAACCAACUUCUCAACGAUUUCAAAGACGGUACAGUUAAGACUAAAAACUGGGCUAAAUUUAUGUCGGCGUACGUGGUGUCGAAGGCAGCGUUGAACGGUUACACUAGGAUCAUAGCGAAGAAACAUCCUUGGUUUCUGGUAAACUCGGUUUGUCCUGGAUUUGUGAAGACGGAUAUGAAUCACAAGACUGGAGUCUUGUCUGUGGAAGAAGGAGCAUCAAGUCCUGUGAGGUUGGCUUUGCUUCCACCUCAAGAAAUCCCUUCUGGUUGUUUCUUUGAUCGCAAGCAACUCUCAGAGUUCUAA